UUUAAAGCAGAAUAUAGACUUGAUAGAUCCAACUAUGUAAUAGCUACUAAAGGUUUUCAGUAAAAGAAGAAGUGAAAGUGAGCUGAUUGUACUGAACUGACGGGCAGAGUCAGUAGCGAUUAGGUCAGUUGACCUUAAAAGUUGACAGUAGCUGGCUGAGGAGAGACUUUUUUUCUGCAGGCUGCAGAGCUGGGUGGGCUUAUGUACAAUGGUCUUAUUAUUAAAGUGAAUGACAGCUUUGACGAGCAAUAGACGGAUUUUACUACUGUCGGUCCGAAUCAAAUCCAGGUGUUGUGACACAAGGUCAUAAGGUCAAGUGUUGUUAACCAGGAACAUAAACAUUGCUUGUUGCGUCAGUGUUUGGUCAGAUACAGUUUCUCCAGUGGUGUACAGGUGUGACAGUCAGGUAGGUGAGGAGGCUAUCCUGUAAAACUAGCUCCCGCAUAGCCACCGGCUCUGUGCUUACCAUGGUUACACAGGGAAGCAUUGUGGAUAGGCUGAAGGUUGUUUCCGCUAAAAGUGAGGGGGAAAACCCGCAGGAAACAUUGGCUGAGAGACAGACUUUAUUUCAGUUACUGUUGAAACACGACGCCAAUCUCGUAGUGUGUACCAGAGGUGACUCGGGAUCCCUGAUGCGUUGAAGCGCUGUUGUUGAUGCUUUCUUCAUUUAUGGUUUAAUUCGUUGCCAGUUUACUUCCACCCAGGAUGUUGUUUAUCUGGAGCAAAUCUACUUUAAUAAGAAACUUAUUGGCCAGUACAACAGCUCCUUGGGAAAAUUCGUCGGUUACAAGAAAUACACAAAGAAAGUUGCAGACAACCUGAAUAAAAACCCAUCGAUGUUGAAACAAGAAAGAAAGAAUGAAGAGAAAUGCAGAAUCCACGUUCCGCUGGCAUAUUAUGUCUUUUCAAAAACAGUUGAGCCCUAUGUCAGGCUGAGAUCGGCUGAAUUAAUCAGCAGCAGACAUCCAAUCGUGCUCAUCUGCAGUGUAUACAACUUUUAUCCCAAAAACAUCAGAGUGACAUGGCUGAGGAACGGAGAGCCGAGAACAUCUGAUGUGACGUUCACUGACGAGCUGGCCAACGGGAACUGGCUCUACCAGAUCCACUCCCAUCUGGAGUAUACACCCAGACUGGGAGAGAAGAUCACCUGCAUGGUGGAGCACGCCAGCUUCAAGGAUCCUAAACAUUAUGACUGGGACCCCAUGCCUGAGUCAGAUAGGGUAAAGAUUGCUGUUGGGACCGCAGGGCUGCUGCUGGGGUCCGUCGUUUUACUUGCUGGGGUGAUUUACUACAAGAGGAACAGGACUGGUCGGGUGUUGGUGCCAGUGAGGUAAGGCAGUCUCACUUUGGCUGAAAUACAAGCAAAAAUGAUCCAAACCAAAAUGGCAGGAUGGUAAAAUUGUUUUACUCAGUUCUUGAGGAGAGUGAUGUGCUGUAAAUCUGCAGGAGUAAUUUGUGUUUCAAUGUUUAUACAUUAAAAUUAAACUUUUAUUGCAGUUUGAAGGGAAAUUGUUUUUUCGAAUGUGUUGUCAGAAACUUAAGGACAUGCUGUAUAUGUAUGUAUGGCUAAAAUAAGUGUGGCCGUUAAACAUUAUGUAAUAUCUUGUUCAACCACAAGGCAGAGAUCUUCAGCUGCACUGUUGUUUGUUGGUUAGUGGGGUCAAAAAUAUUCAAGAGGAAAACCUUGUGUGAUUAUGUGUUCUGUGAUUUAGUGACGUGGAAAGUAAGGCCCAUUUUCUUCAGGAAUUUUAAAAAUGAAAAUAAUAUACAAUAUUUUGUUUUUCUUGAUGUGUUUUGAGGAUGAAGGUCAACUCACAGGCUCUAUGUUAUGUUAAAGUGAAGUUACAAAGGUUCAGUGUGUGUCUACUUCAAGUGCCAUGGCGAGUUAUCAAGAAAAACAAAUGCAUUCCUCAGAAAGAGAAAUGAACAAACUGUAAAGCAAAGAAACAAGAUAAUCCUCUUCACUAUCUGCUCUGAACCUGUGAUUAGAAUUUUCCUAGUAUUGCCAUUAAACUCAUUAACUAAAAUGACAUGAAACUACUGCAACACUUUUAUGUUUAAACUGUCCAUAUUUUUUUGACAAAUAAAGAUGUGUGUUCCAAAGUGAAAGAAACAUAAAAA